AAAACAGCGAAACAACUGAGACGGACAUUCAGCGGCGCUCCUCAACAUCUCAUCUUCGCCAACACAGUCAGACCACCGUAAGAGACAAGAUGGUGGCGUUUACACAAAUCGUGGCAGUCGCCUUAUUCUUCUUAGUAGGAGCUGAUGCAUUGUGUGACAUCGUUUCUGAAGACGUGGAGUGCAUGGUUGGUGAGAUGAUUGAGAAGGAUCUGCGUAUACCCGCUCACGUGUCAACCACAUGCAUGAAGUGCAUGUGCAUCCAGUACAAACGAAGCACUGCGGUCCAGUGCUGCUCUAUUGCUCUGAAGCCUACGGGGUAUGACGAACUGAGGUGCGAGAUGGUCUUAGACACGGAGAAGUGCAUUUACACCGUGAGAAAGAUCGACCGACCAAACGAGAGGUGUCGCUUCAGCGGAUUUAUUAUGGAAUAGGCUGCCUCCUCGGGCCGCGUGUCUAAGGCAGAGGUUGCUUGGAGGGCAAUUUGCAAACAAACAACCCAACAAACAAACAAACAAACAAACAAACAAACAAACAAAAAGCAUUCGCCUUAUCAUGAUAUCAUUUCAUUUUCAUUUUCACUGACCCUGACAUUUAGACCAAAUCAUAGCUGAUUAUCAAUAAUGCCAGUGAGACACCGAUUUUGGGUUAAUAUUAAUUUUUUUUACACAAAUGAAGAAGCGUGCUGAAAAUUGAGGGCGCUGUUGCUGUGAUCCACUUCAACCACAAACCUGACAUAGAAAGACGGGUCUGUAUAAAUGAUUAAACAAAAAAUGCACAUUAUUGAGUACCCGGGUUAAGAGAGUUUGCCUUGAAUGGCGCCCCAUUUUUCUCGCGAAUACGGAACUUCGUAUAAACGGUAACAAAACGGGUGCCAAAAGAGCUGUAAUUAAAAUGGCAAUAUGUGCAGGGGACAAUAAAGAGUUUCAAAAGUCUUUACCAGGA